AUGCCUGUCGCUACUAAACUCAAGAAAACCUCAAACGAGAUACCUACUUUGGUACGCGUUGAUCCAUCACAGCCAGGGGAGACUCAAGCUAAUAUCCAUACAAGAUGGCAUCCUGAAAUACCAUGUGUCGCAACUGUACCUGUCGGAAAACCAUUCCGAGUGGAAUGUCUCGAUUAUUCUGGAUCUCAAGUCCAUAACGAUGAUAACGCGGAUGAUAUAGUUCAUCUAGAUCAUGAUUCAGAUCAUCACCUCUCAGGACCUUUUUCAGUUCCAGGAUCAAUGCCUGGAGAUGUAUUGGAAAUUGAAAUAUUGGAUGUGACUCCUUUCCCGGAUCAUAAUUGGGGUUAUUGCGUGACUGCUCCUGGUUUAGGAAGUUUGGAUGACGAGGAUAAAGAAACUUUGGUUACAAAGAGUAUUUGGGAUUUCUACGGCAAUGAAACAUCAUCUCGACAUGUUCCUCAUGUAGCAUUUCAAGGUAGACCACAUGCUGGUGUUAUAGGAACUGCACCCUCCAAAAAACUUCUCGAGCAUUGGGUCAAGAGGGAGUCGGAUCUAGAGGUAGCCACCGCUGGUAAAGCAGGGUGUAGUCUACCACAGCCAAAAGGAGCAUAUGUAGGACAGGAUCUGGACGAUGAAUUGAGGGAAAAAAUCUACCGUGAAGGAGCUAGAACGAGUCCUGGUAGAGAACAUGGCGGAAAUAUCGACAUAGGUCUAGCAACAAGAGGAUCCAGGAUGUAUCUCCCCGUUUAUAUCCCUGGAGCAUCAUUAUCAGUAGGAGACACUCAUUUCUGUCAAUCGGACGGUGAACCCACAACAGCAAUUGAAAUGGCAGGCAUCGUCACAUUGCGAGUCAACAUCAUUCCUCAAGGUGUACAACAGCUAUGUAUGAAAAGUCCAAUGUAUAGAACAAGUCCCAGUGAGCCAAUUUACAGGGAUAGAUUAUGUUUCACCGGGUUGAGUGUGGAUAAAGAUGGAAACCAAACAAAUCAAAGUGGAUUAUUAGCGUACCGAAAUGCCGCGUUCCAAGCCAUAGAAUAUCUUAUAUCAUUCGGAUACACUCGUGAACAAGCAUACAUCCUUCUUUCAGCUGCUCCAAUCGAUUCUCGAGUUGUGGCAACAGCAAACAGACCAAACUUCGUGGUCAGUAUUGGAUUGCCUACUGAAAUAUUUGAUUUCGACAUAUUACCUAGGGUAAAUGGAAUCACAGACGAUAAGAAGAGGGUGAUACAAGGUCCAGCAUUACCCAGUGUUAGAGUAAAUGGAAAAGUAGCAGAUGGGUUCAACCAUGAACACUAG